AUGAAAGUAGCUGUGGUUUCACGUCAACUGAGCAACCUAAUUUUCAACAAAGGCAUUUUGGAGGAUCUCAAAAAUGAUGUUAAGAAACUGCAAAACCAAAGGCAAAAGGUGCUAGAAAAUCUUACUUGGGAAUCUGAUGAAUUCAAAACUAAAAGUGGGUGGUCAAAUAAAGUUGAUGAAGUUCUAGGACAAUGGAAUGAAUUCUUGGCCUACUACGAAGGCAAAGGUACUUGCACAAAUUUUUUGUGUCGGUACAAGGUUGGUAAACAAUCAAGAAAAUUUCAACCAGUUAUUUCACAAUUACUUGAAAAAGGAGAUUCUCAUCUAUCUGCGAAACCAGCAAAAGAUUACGAAGGACCAAAAUCAAGAGAUGAUACAAUACAAGAUGUUAUGGAGGCCCUAAAGAACCCUCUUAUCCAAGCAGUUGGAGUAUGGGGGUUGGGUGGUAUAGGCACAACCUCAAUAGCCCAGCAUAUUGAAGGGAAAGCAAAAGAACAAAACUUGUUUACUGCAGUGGUUGUCUUAACUGUAACUGAGAAGCCAAAUGUGGAGCAAGUUCAAAAGGUUAUUGCAGAUGAAUUGGGAGUGCAUUUCAAUGAGGAAAACCUUGUGAAAAGAAGAAACAAAUUACGUCAGAGAAUAAAGAAGGAGCAAAACACUCUCAUCAUAGUUGUUGAUACGUGGGGGGAAUUGAACCCACAAGAAUUUGACUUGGAGGAAUUUGGAGUUCCUUUGGGUAAUGAACAUGAAGGGUGCAAAUUAUUGCUGACAUCAGCAAAUUUGAAUUUCAUACAAAAUUUGAAGGUUGACCCUAAGCCUAUAGUGUUUCAAUUAGAAGUAUUACAAGAAGAAGAGGCUCAGAUAUUGUUUGAGAAGAUGGUUGGAGGUGUUGCUCAAGAUCCCGAGGCAAAAUCCAUUGUAAUAGAAAUAGUCAGAAGUUGUAAAGGUUCCAUUUCUUUAAUCUAUGCAGUAGCAAAGGCAUUGGAAAAUAAGGGCCUAGAUGCCUUGAUUCAGUUGAAGGAAAAUGUUUCACCAACAAACCUAUUGUCCCAUUGUUUAGAAAAUGUGGAACUCAAAUUAUUUUUGUUACUUGUUAUUAUUCGGGGAAGAAGGUUUAUUAACAGGUAUAACAUCUACAUAGACAUGUGGGCAGGUUUAUUCAAAAAUCUCGAAACAGCGGAAGCUGCAAGAAAUAAGCGUGAUUCUCUGAUUAGUGAUCUGAAGGCCUAUGGUCUUCUGGUUGAAAGAGAAAAGGAAUGGAUCAAAAUAGAUGACUAUAUAUGGCACACUGCUUAUUCAAUAGCCCAACAUUAUCUAAAAGCUUCAAUGAUCUCCAGAGAAUGGCCACCUGAAGAAUUGCUACAAGAUUUUAGCUUCUGCAACAUACAUCUUGUGACUGGUUUGAUGGUUCCAGAUAGGUUGCAAUGUCCAAACUUGCAAUAUCUUUCGAUAAGAAGGGACAAUUCCUCAAUAGAUGUUCCAGAUUCCUUUUUUGAGGAGACUAAACUUCUGAAAGUGCUCGAUUUUGUUUCUUUUAAUUGUCCAAAGCUGCCAGUUAGUUUUGUUUUUUUAAAGGACCUUGAAGCAUUAUCCAUGUAUAGAUGCAAUUUGAGAGAUAUUACUAAAGUUGGCGAGCUCACAAACCUACGAAUGCUUGGCCUCCUUGAAAGUAAUAUCCAACAAUUGCCUGCGCAAAUUGGACAGCUUCAGAAGUUGCUUUUCUUGGAUUUAAGGAAAACACAUCUCAAUGUGAUUCCACCCAAUGUCCUGUCCAACUUGACAAGCCUGGAAGAAUUAUAUUUGACAAAAUCCUUCUGUAAUUGGGAGAUUGAAAUGUCUACCAAUGAAAACAAGAAUGCAAGCUUGAAAGAGCUUACAAACUUAAAACACUUAGCAUAUAUAGAAGACUUGUAUGUUCCUGAUCCUCAUGCAUGGCCUGAGGACCUGUGCUUUGAAAAUUUAAGAUCAUAUACAAUUUUCAUUGGGGAUAGGUGGGACCAAGCAAAUGAUGGUGAUCAUGAAUUGAAGACAUUGAAACUGAAGCUCAACAGAACGUUUCAGUCAGAGGAUGGAAUAAAAAAGAUGCUGAAAAAUGUUGAGGUUUUGCACCUGGAUACGCUGAAUGGUGUCCAGAAUGUUCUUAAUGAUAUGGAGUGUGAAGGAUUUCCACAUCUGCAGUCUCUCUUUAUUCAAAACAAUGCUGAAGUCAAAUGCUUAGCAACAGGAUCAGGUAAUGAUCCUCUUGAUGCUUUCCCCAACUUGGAGUCUCUUUCUCUCAACAUGCUAUCCAAUUUGGAGCACAUAUGCCAUGGUGGUGCUUUAACUGAAAAGUAUUUCUUCAAACUAAAAGUUAUCAAAGUAGAAAAAUGUAAUAACAUGGGAUGUCUCUUUUCAAAAUCAAUGAUCGAUGGCCUUCCUCAUCUUGCUGAUUUGGAAGUUUCACAGUGCAAAUCCAUCAAGGUAAUUGUGCUCAUAGAAGGUGAAAAGAAUCCUUGCAUGGAAUUUCCUGAAUUAUGCUCUCUAACCUUACAAGGACUCCCAGCAUUAAUGAGUUUCUGCUUAAGUGAAGGAUCUUCUUCCACUGAUACAUCCCCACUUUUUCAUGAAAAGGUUUCUUGCCCUAACCUGGAGACAAUGGUGAUUUCCAAGGUUAGUAAAUUGAGAACAAUAUGGGCUGACUGGUGGUAUGAUGUAGGAAAUUCAUUUUGUAAACUGAAAAACGUAAAUAUCACAGAUUGUGAGAAAUUGACGAAUGUUUUUCCCGUUUGUCUUUCCGAAAAUCUUGAUAAUUUGAAGAUGUUAGAGAGACAAUUCGAGGAAAAAUGGUUUGCCACCGUUGGCAAAGCACCCAACGACCGUACUGAACGCGAAACAAUGAAAAAGUAUUUGGAAGAAUAUUUAAAUAUGUAG